AACUCACGCCUUCUCGUCCAUUCAUGGCUCAAGUCAGCGAAUGGGCUGGUGUUGUGUGUGUGUGUGUGUGUGUUUGUUGUCUGUGAUGUUUUGGGUAAGGGGGGGAUAUCCUAGCUCAUGUUAUUGUCCCUUUCUAUUGGUGGAGUGGUGGGUGAUGUACAGAAUAAGCUUUGGUGAAGACAGGUUGUGGUCAGACUUCUGCAUUGGUAUUGGUCAGGAGGCAGAACCAGUGUGAGGAGGAGGAUUGUAGAUGCUUUCCACUCCAUCUGUUGUCAGUCAGACUGCUCAACCUGCAGCCUCAGGAAACUGCACUCUGCUGCUCAACCAAAAAGAAGAGUUUGAAAGCUGAUCUCUUAGGAUUGCUGCUAAACUCAACCAGGAAACUAAUUUUGCUCAGCCCCACUUGGAUUGACAGCUUUACAUUCUCCAACUCUUUAGAUACUGGAUACUGGAGAUUGGAUUCUGAGAUUUGACUUGAUUUUCGAGGGAUUUUGUCAUACAUCUGGGCUUACUUUACCAGCACCAUUAUUGGGAACUUCCCCCUAAAGUUUUUCUGUCUUAUGCUUUGUUGUUGAAAUGACAAAAGGCAGCAUUCCAGGAGAGAAAUUGUAGUAGAAUCUUGCCUUUUCUCUGUUUUGCUGCCUUGCUGUUUCGCUUGGAGCUGCGUGCUUCACUCCAAAGACCAGUCACUGAGCUGUAAACUACCAGCAGUAACAGUGGGGUCUGUUGGGUGCUCGGGAGCUCAAGGAGGGUGUGGAGCUGGAUGUAUGAGACAGCUUCAUGGGCGUGAAAAACCAUCUGGAGGAUGGGACAGGCCACAUCCUCAGCCUGGGGCUGGAUCUAGACUACCUCCAUGUGGAAGGUGCAAAGCCGCAGGUCAGCCUGAGCCCUGUGAGGGAUCCUGGGAAUAUAGGGGUUUUAAAUGUCAAAGCGGAUGCCCCGAGUAACAGCAAUAACAGUAUUGGUAGUAGUAGCACAAGUUUUAGUACUAAUUCAAUCUGUAGCAGCAGUAGUAGUUGCAGUAACUUCUCAGACAGUGACGACGAACGGCUCCAGAAUGGGUGUGGUUCUGAAUCUCAAUACCCUCAGCAAGAUCAGCCUCACCUACAGCACCAGGAGUCAUCUUCAGUCUUUCAGUCAGUCAGGCUGGACCUGGCACCAAACCGAUACCCUGGAGACCCCCCACAGCCAGAAACAUCAUCCCCCACUGAGCCUGUCACAGACUACCGCGCCAAAGUGGAGUUUGCUCUCAAACUUGGCUACUCUGAGGAGCUGGUGCUGCUGGUGCUGAGGAAACUGGGCCCAGACGCACUCAUCAACGACAUGCUGGGCGAGCUGGUCAAACUGGGAACCAAGACAGAGGUGGAGCAACAAAGAGGUUUGACUGUCUCCCAAUCUCCCUCCUUCUCUUUGUCAUCUGCUUUGAUGUGCUCCUCCUCCUCUUCUUCUUUAUCCAAUUCCUCCCUGGACUCCUGUCGGCUGCUGUGUCCGUCCCAGCUGCUGGAGGACAAAGAAAACCUUCGGCCCGUUGUGGUGGAUGGAAGCAAUGUAGCCAUGAGUCAUGGAAAUAAGGAAGUGUUCUCCUGUCAAGGCAUCCAGCUGGCCGUUGAUUGGUUCUUGGAGCGAGGCCACCGUGACAUUACGGUUUUUGUCCCUGCCUGGAGAAAAGAGCAAUCACGACCUGAUGCUCUUAUCACAGACCAAGAGAUCCUACGGCGAUUAGAGAAAGAGAAGAUCCUGGUCUUCACCCCAUCUCGCCGUGUGCAGGGACGCCGUGUGGUUUGCUACGAUGACCGAUUCAUUGUCAAACUGGCCUACGAGUCAGACGGCAUCAUUGUUUCCAAUGACAACUACCGUGACCUAGCCAAUGAAAAGCCAGAGUGGAAGAAAUUCAUUGAUGAGCGUCUACUGAUGUACUCCUUUGUAAAUGACAAGUUCAUGCCACCAGAUGAUCCACUGGGACGCCACGGACCCAGUCUGGAGAACUUCCUGAGGAAGAAGCCUAUUGUUCCUGAACACAGGAAGCAGCCAUGUCCUUAUGGGAAGAAGUGCACAUAUGGCCACAAGUGCAAGUUUUACCACCCUGAAAGGGGUAGCCAGCCCCAGCGGGCCGUGGCUGAUGAGCUCCGUGCCAGUGCUAAAAUGUCAUCAGUAGCUUCUAGAGGCCUUCUGGAAGAUGCCCUGAUGGUGAAGAGCCAAAAUUCUGGUCAACCACAGGGAAUGGCUGAGGCCGAGCCAAGUCGGAGCACUCCAAAGAAACAGCCAUGCCCCAGUCUUCGGAGCUCCUUCAAUGACCUCUUGGAGGACAAGCUUCGGAUCAACUCCAAAGUGGAAAGACGUAGGGGAAGCAGCAGUAGCAGCAGCAGCAGCUGUAGCAGUAGCUUUCUAGGGUAUGCUGCUCCAGGGGGUGGGCCUUCAUCAGGAAGCUUGGACCGAUGGGAGCACCCUGGGGGAAAUGGUGGAGGCAGCUUUAGGGUUGCCGGAGCAUCUGGACCAAGCCAGACUGAAACUUACCACAGAUGUGACUCUCCAGAUCUGGGCUACAGCUCACUGGUAAAGGCCUACUCUAGCCUCAGUCUGGUCGUACCACAGAAUCCUGAGUGUUCCUUCCCAGCUGAUCUGCGAGCUGGCUCGCUGCUGUCAGACUGUAGCAGUGAAGGCAGUGCUAGCUCAGACUCUUUCUCCCCUGACCCUUUGAUAGACGAUGGUUCCAAGUGCCACCAUCACCACCACCAUCCUCACCACCAUCAUCACUGCUCCGGCCAGUACGCCCACUCUGUGAGCCGUGUUCCUCCUGGACUGAGCCAGAAUGCUUCUCAUAACUAUCCUGUUCCUCAAGCACUGCGGAGACAACAUGGUUUUGGCUUGGAAGAUGGAGGGUCUUCCAAGCCAAAACCAUCCUCUGUUACCUCUCAUACAUCUCCACGUCCCUGUAAGUCUCCUUCACCCUACAUCCCACCCCACCUUCGGCAUCCAUUGCUGAGCACUUUCCCAGGGGAAUUCCCCGCUCGUUCACCCCAAACAUCCACUGCUCACUCCCACUCUCAGAGCAAUUUAAUGGGAUCCCUUUGGCAGGAAGGUGGGCGCCAGGACCCCCAAGUGUACAAAGGGUCACCACUACAUUCCCGAAGAAACCACUGUGGAAUAAACCAACAACCACAGCAUCAGAUAAACUGGGACCCUUAUUACCAGCAGCCCCCUAAGCCUUGCUAUGAUCCGUAUGGCUUCCAAAGCCUUCCAGAAGUUCACGAGAAGGCUUGGCACUCUCCUUGGGGCAGGCAAGCCCAUUCAUCACCCCGUGCCCUUUCAGCAUCCAGUCUUCCACCUCUCCCCCAGCUGUCCCUUCCAUCCAUCCCUGCCCACAAAGGCCACCUGUCCUCAGUGCCCCAGCAACAGGAACCCCCUCUCUCUGGUCAAUACCAGGACCUUAGAGAGAGCGUGUUUGUUAACUUGUGCCGCAUCUUCCCUCCAGACUUGGUGAGGAUGGUGAUGACCAGGAACCCUCAUGUGGCGGAUGCUCAGGAGCUUGCAGCUGCGAUUCUGAUGGAGAAAUUGCAGCACGGUUUUUGAAUUAAGCCUGAAGGUGAAGUUACAGCCUAAUCUCAAAUGGGCUCACCUCUGCAGGUUUAUUUCUGGUUAUCAUCUUAAUUAUUAAAGUUAGGUUGGACAUACACAAACCAAAAGCUCAAGAUACAAAGCUCAUUUAGCUGUUAAUGGGCUGCUUAAUUUCAUAACAGGGAAGUUGUCUAAUUAUUUUAAAUGGUAUUUCUGAACAUGGAAAUUUCCAUAUUUUUCAAUGAAAAUGCCUGCUAUUUCAGCACUUAAGAUCAGGGAAAGUUGUGGUUCAAUGUGCAUUUUGUGUGCUAUUUUGGGUUAUGAGUAAACACCUAAAGGUAGUGUACUAAGGGAGGCUUUUAAUGUGUUUUAAGGGUGACAGUAUUGUUUCUUUUAAAUUAAUUUAUUUGUUAUAUUUUAAGUUAUUUUGAUGAUUUCUUUUAAAUGAUUCUGUUUUUGGCACUUUUAUGUUAUUGCUGUGUUUCCUUGGCAAUCACAUCAGGGUACAAGUAUAUCUAAAAUUCCUAUUUAACAUCUGAGCGAAACACUGCUGUUUUCCAGUCACAAAGACGAUGACAGCGUGGGCUAUGUAAAAUAAUAUAUUUAAUCGUGAAAUUUCAUUACACGUCACAAAUACAUCCCUACCUUAUUUACCGGUUGAAUUAGCUAAACUAAAGGAUCAAGGGUAUCUCUCUAGACUGGCAGGUGGCCGAUCAGCUGCUGUGGUGAGAUUUUGUGGAUUUCCCCCCACGCGGAAGUGAAAGUCAAGCGGCCGCCGACAAAGAAGAUAGAAAAAACUCCACUUGAAAACCCCAAGCUGUUGUUCACUUUUGAAUACGUUUAUUUUACUUCACAGUUCAUCAGCUUUCAGUACUAUUUGUUUUUAGACAUCCCCUCCGUUCUUUUCCAUCUUUAAACCAUAUCGACAUUUUAAAUCAUAUGAAGGUGGCUGUGGAGAGCACCAGAAAUGUUUAGGGUUCAAAGAAGAUUGUUGGUGUUAUUUUGAUUUUAAUUUAAAAUACGUGUUAAUUUAUUACCGUUCAAUGUGUGUGAAUGUCUGUCUUGCAUGAGACACAGGGUCUCCGUUGUCAGUGGUGACGUGACGAGGACGGUUUAGCCGCCUCAAACAGGGUAAAACUCGUUUGUACCCUUCUGUUAAAUAGAGCCACAACUUUUCAGGAAAAGACAGGAACAGACCGGCAAGAGUUGGAAAACACCUUCAGCACAGACUAUGUUACCAGACACUUAAUAUCAUGGGGACUACAGUUAGUUAGAUAGUAGUGUUUAGGUCUACAAACUUUUCUCAGUUGCGCUAAUAAUCUCAUUGGUUAAAUUAACACUCAGUUGUUCAGUAAAGAAAGAAACUUUAAAUACAAAAAUAUAAGUGGAAUAACUUGAAUUUUAUUCAUUACAAUCAAGGAAAUUAAAUAAUUACCUUAGUUAGCAAUAAGCUAUUUUUUUAAUUUUAGAUUUUUCAGAGUAAUGUCUGAUACAAAGACUCCAACUAACCAUUAUUUCCAUUACUAAUUAUCUGUUAAAACAAUUAAUUUGUGUUAAUCACUUCAUAAAUUAAAUCAAUUAAAUGCAAAAACGUGUUACAAAGUCUGACCAAAAGUAAGUAUUCAAAUUAAUUUGAUGGGAUUUCAAAGCCUCUUUCCUUUUAUCUGCCUUCUCUUACAAAGUAUUUUAGAUUAUCAUCUCCUAAUGUUAAGGACUCUGAGCUGUAUUUGUUGUAUGAAAUAGUAAUAUUCUUAAUUGUACUAUUAUCUCCACCAAUGGGAUUAUUUUAAAGUCUGAGAAAGUGUUUGUAAAGAUAAACUAACUCUUGCCUGGUUAGCCAGAUGACACCUCUCUUUAUUGAUACAAAUUGUAUCCUAUACACUUUUUUUUUUAAAACAAGAUCAAUGUUAUAUAUGAGAAUAUUUAAACAAAAAAUAUUUCGAGUUGAGUAUUUUGAGUAUUUGUGGACAUAGCCUUUAUUUAUAUGAGGGGGUAUUUUAUUCCCUUUUUCAAGUGCAGGAAAGAGAAAGUUUCUUAUGCACUUUCUUUGGAGACCGUUAUUGUUUUUUAUGUUGUCAGUGAACUGAAAUCGGGGUGAUCGGGUCACUCGUGUUAGAGGUCGCGUUGGCUUAACCGUGGUGAAAACCAGAUCAUUUCUGUGGUUAAAGGUGUUAAAAAUAAAGGCGUUGUUAAAUGUGAUGUGGUCUCAUUACUUGAGACAUUUUGAAGCUCGUCAGCGUCACACUCGGCCUCAGAACGGGAUUUUUGGAACAAUUCUGGAGCAAAAAUAGACAUGCACGUGGGACUGAGAGGAGGUUUUGAUGAGCUUGCUUCUCAUAUUUGUGCCACAGGCUCCCAAAUCUUUUGUGAUGCUUUUCCCAGAAAGCUAAAAACCAUGUUUUCUUCUUCUCGAAGCUCUCUUACUUGAAAAGCCCUCUUCUCAAGGGCUGUACCGUUGUCUGAAAGGUGUUGAUCUCAGGAACAAGUCCUCAGUAAUUCGUGUCUGUCAGUUGAUUUCUUUUUCCCUGAUUCUCAUGGCCUUGUCCUAUGAUGUAACGUCUGAGUAAGUCAGUCAUGGCUGAAGUGUUUUCACCCUGCUGGUCUGGCUAGCACCGUGUGCUCGUGUUCGACCACAGGGUUGACAAACUACAAUUCAAUUAAACAAACCUCUAAAGGUGCUGUGUUAACAUUCCUGUGGAUAUUAAAAAAAAAACGUAUUUAGUGUAUGAGGGCAAAGACUAUUUUUCUUUCAUCAUGAACUUGUUUAGAGAUAUUUUUCUAUUGUACAUGUUUAUCUGCAAGAAGAGAUUGUGCUCAGUGUUGCUGAAUAACGGGAGGUACACUUUGCUAACUGUGCUAACGUGUUUGAUUUUCUCCACAGAUGUUACUUCACUUCACAGUGUUCAGACUGAAUAUGAACAUGCAAAUUCACACCUCGCUUUAUUCAUAUGAAUUUCGGCAUUUUUGUGGUCCAUGUCUUUCACCGCGAACAGCCAAUGUUAGCUUUAGCUGUAUAUUAGCUAGCAAAACCAGGCUUUGACUGAUCCAAAAACUUAACAUUCCUGUUCUUUAUUAUGUUUAUCAAGCCUUUUCUCAUUUUUGUGUCAUCUCAAAUACACAAAAAGUAAGUGGAGGUCUUUUGAUUUGGAAAAUUGUGUUCUUUUGUCCUGGGUACGACACUUUUUGUGCCGGUGCAGCAAUAAGCUGCACCGGCACAAAAAGCAUUAUAAGCAUUGUUUAUAAAAAGCUUUUUCACAGUCACACGUUACUAGCAACAGUAGCAGUGGCUUUGUUCUACUGUAGUUAGUUGUUUAAAAUCACAUACUAAAUACUCUGUAUGUACUGCAUACUGCGUACUAAAUUAAUGAUUAAAUAUGCCAUUACAAGC